CAACAACUGCUCCACUGGCUGUAGAUGUGCCUGAAACCUCUUAUUCCAGCAGCGAAGAUGAGGAGGAUUUCUAUGAUGCAAACGAUGAUCCCUUCACCAGUAUGGGAAACUCGCCGAGCUACGCCACGCGUGGCUUUUCAGUGGAAACAUCAUCGCCAACAUAUGAGAAUGCAGCGGACACACUACCGUCAAAAGGUGGCGGCGCCUCAUUGGAUGCCAGCGCCAAAUCAUCCAUUGUUGAUCGACAGGAUGAUUAUCAGAAUGCGUUGACAGCGGUUUCGGAGAGUUUGAAUGCCGGUUCGCCGACAAGUGCAACAGGAUCAGCAGCAGCGCCACGACUAAGUAUCGAUAAAACAUUCCAGAAAUAUGGUGAGGAUGAUGCCAUCGAUUAUGAUGCACUCUACGAGGAGGAAGAAGACUCGACAAUUAGUAUGGAGGCGCAUGGUUCAAUGAUUUCCCAUCUAAUAUCACAAGUCAAAAUCGGCAUGGACUUGACGAAAGUCGUAUUGCCGACAUUUAUAUUGGAACGACGCUCUUUGCUGGAGAUGUAUGCAGAUUACUUUGCGCAUCCAGAUCUUUUUCUAAGAAUUGCUGAGAUGGAAACACCACGUGAGCGUAUUGUAGAAACUUGUCGUUGGUAUCUGAGUGCCUAUCAUGCCGGACGUAAGAGCGCUGUUGCCAAAAAACCUUAUAAUCCCAUAUUGGGUGAGGUAUUCCAGUGCUAUUGGGAUUUGCCAGACGAAACACCCGACGAAAAUGUAGUCAAUGAUGGCCCAGUGCCAUGGUGUCAUCGAAAUCAACUGACAUUCUUGGCCGAACAGGUUUCGCAUCAUCCGCCAAUUUCCGCCUUCUAUGCUGAGCAUGUCAAUAAGAAAAUUACAUUUUCCGCGCAUGUUUGGACUAAAUCAAAAUUCUUAGGUCUCUCAAUUGGUGUGCACAAUAUCGGUGAAGGUAUUGUCACACUUGUGGAACAUAGUGAGGAAUAUAUUGUUACAUUUCCAAAUGGCUAUGGCAGAUCUAUUUUAACCGUCCCUUGGAUCGAAUUGGGUGGCACUGUGGAGAUACGUUGCCCGCAGACUGGUUAUCAUGCCACAAUUGAGUUUUUAACAAAACCAUUUUAUGGCGGCAAGCGCAACAAAGUGACGGCAGAGAUUUAUGCGCCAAAUGAAAAGAAACCAUUUGUCUCGAUAGCUGGCGAGUGGAGCGGUCUGAUGGAAGCCAAAUGGCAUGAUAAAAAUAAAACUGAAGUAUUCGUAGACGUAAAUCGUAUACCAAUAUUUAAGAAACAAGUUCGACCAAUCGUUGAACAAGAAGAAUAUGAAUCCAGACGCGUUUGGAAGGAAGUGACAGCGGGACUCAAAUUUAACGAUAUCGAAAAGGCCACAAAUGCAAAAUGUGCUGUUGAGCAAAUACAGCGGGACCAAGCGAAGAAUCGUAAAGAAAAUGAAACACAGUGGGAGCAUAAGUAUUUCCGGCCCGUCGGCGAAAACUGGAUCUACACCAAGCCACUUAGUCAGCGUGUUUAUCAGCAAGAGAAGGAGAGCAAAAGAUAAUAAAGAAAUAUCGACAACCAACCACAAAGCACCGAAACUCCGGCGACAAGUUAAAAUAAGGUGGAGGAAGAAGAAGAAUGAGAUUACAACUAAACUAUUGAACUGGUAUAAACGUAAAAGUAGCAAUAUACCGUUUCGUGAAGAUGAGUCAAGCAAAUAGACACACAAGCAUACUUUCAUAUCAAAAGCAGCAAAAGAAGCCUUUGAGCACUAUUGUCAAGCUUGUUGCAAAACAAAAAAAAAAUCUUUAAAAUUAUAAUGCCAACACUUUCGAAUGCAACACAAUGCAACGCGAAUGUCACAAAUGGACAACGAAUAAAAAGGGAAACACCAUUAAAGGGAGCAAAGUGAACGAAAUGAACGUUGCUCUAAGGUACAAUAUUCCUGUUAUCCAAACACUUUUGGACAGUAUUUUACAUACCAUAUACAUAUGUGCAUAUGUUUGGCUAUGUAUGUGUGUACAUGUGAAACCACAAGCGUUUGUGUGUGUGUGUAUGUGCAUAUGCAUUCGAACGAUGGACGGGAUUGGGUGGGAAAUGGUUGAGUUGCGAUGACGGUGGCGGUCGAACGGUUGUAGGCGAUGCAUGCUAUUUAAAUAUGUAUGUGAAUAUGUAACUGUGUCUGUAGAGGUUAAGCCAAUGUUGCACGAACAUUUAAAACAAAACUCGUAUUAAAUAAGAAAUAUUUAAGAGAAUGCAAUUUUACAAUUACUUUAUCGAUGAAACAAACAAUCUGAUGACAACAACAACAACAACAACAAUAACAAUUUAAUAUCACUCGUAAGACAUUUUAAGAUAAACUGUAGAAAUUAAAGCUGAAAACAAAGAAAAAAAAAGUGCAAAAAAAGUCAAAUGCAAUAAAGCAAAAAAUAUACAUACAUACAUUUAAUAGAAAGUGUAAAACGAAGUAAAUGGAAAUACAUAAUAAAAGAAAAAACUAAACUAACUAUGCAUAAGAAGAAUAUGUGCAACAAGCAUGACUUGUUCUAAUUCAUAUCGGCGCUGAUAUAUAUAUACACAUACAUAAGUACAUACAUAAUGUAAUUGAAAUAUCUAACAGCGAAAUGAAUUAAAUGGGUUGAUUGUUGGUUGAAAGCGGGUAAAAGUAUAUAUAUAUAUAUAGAUAUAUUGUACUAUAAAAUCCAGCAACAGUGCUUAUAGACUAUAAUACAUACUAAAACAUACAUACAUACAUACUAUAUAUAGCAAUUCUAUUUUUCAUAUGAAAAUCAAAGAAAACAUUAGAAAAUAAACUAAACAACAUACAAACAUAUGCUAACUAAACACGUCGUUUUCAGUUACGCUAAUGUAUUGUAAAUUAAAAAACAAAAAGAAGAAGACGUAAACGAGAUUUUUUUUUAUUUAAAACAAAAAAAAAUACAAAAAAAUAGUUAGUGCGCAUUUGCAUAGUGUUUAAAUUUAGUAUAAAAAUUAUGUCUUCAAAUAAAUUAAUUUUAUCACUUAUUAAAAAAUAAAACCCAAGAUUUAGUCUUUAGACAAGCAGAAUAAAACUUUAUUUAUCCUAUUAUCAAAAGUUAAAUUAAUUACAGCCUAUGGCACUAAGCAAGCAUGAAUAAGAGAACAACCACAAUUAUUGUAUACAAUCAUAAUGGUAUUUAGCUACAAAUAUGUGUAUAUGUAUGUAAUGUGAAAUGGUUUUCAGCUAAACUACCGAAAUUAUGCCUUUUCUCCUUUCUACGCUUAAGCUUUAAACUGUAUAAAAAUUAAACUUUAAUUUUCUAUUAAACAAACUUUAAACAAAAAACUUUUUGCUGCCCACCACCAACAACACUAAUAAAUUUAUGAAAAAAAGACAAUGUAUUUAUUUAUUUUUUUUUUUUUUGCAAAAUUUAUGAAAUACCAUUUGUGAAAUGUAGAAAGUCUUUGAGUAAAGCUUUGUUGAAAGUGUUUUUUUUUUUUUUGAUUUUGAGUACAUAUUGAAAAAUAUAUAUUUAUAUAAACAUAUGUAUAUGUAUAGAAUUGAUGUUUUAAGCGCGCUAAAGUGUUUGAGCUACCUACAUUUUUUUCAUGCCGCCACCGAGCGGUUGCUGAAUUUUCAAGAGGAGUUUUUUAUGACAUGUCUGACAAGCAGCGACCGCAUUCAGAAGAAAAAUUGUAUUUGUUUUUUUUUUACUAUAAAAUUGGAUGCUGCUCCGAUCGGAAUUAGAGUCCAGGACUUUUCACAUUGUAGUAAGCACCGCUUGUUGUUGGUUUUGCACCGAUUAGGAGCAGUCAAGAUCAGUAAUCGCAGUCAUUUAAUGCCGGUCCAGGAAACGAGCUGUUUCGAUUGGUCCGGACCAGAACUCAGGACUCAGCUUAGCUGAGUAGAAGUUAAGAAACAAAUAAGGAGAGGUGGUUAGCGUCAAUCGAGACCCUAUUGUAUGCAGGAUAUACGUUGGUUAUGUGUGGCUCAAGUUUGGUUAGGCAAAAAUUCAAUCGACUUCAAUAUUCAUAUCUUAAUUGUAAUUUAAAAAAAUUAAACGUUUUGCUGUAUUUUAAAAUGCUACGAAAUUUUAGGUUAUUUAUGAAAUUUUAUUUUAAACUUUUUUUUUCCUAAAAUCGUAAAUUUUUUCGCUUAAGAACUUUAAAUAUACACAUUUUACUUCUGGUACUUUGGUAUUCAGUGCCUUUCUACAUUUCACUUAUGAUUUUUCUUCUGUCUGCCUGUCAUUAUUAUUCAUAUUUUUCACUAUUAACCCAAUAUAAAUUCAUGACAUGAAAUAUGUUAAAACACCAAAAAAAAUGUUAAUAACAUUGAGAGCACACAACUCUUAUGGCAAUUUAAAAAUUUUAUUUAAUUUUUCUGCACACACACACACACACACAAUUAUAUAACCGUAUACCCACUUAUUUUGCGAUUAAUCGUAAAAGAUUUACUAAAAAUUUAAUAAAUUCAUUUAUAUAAUGUACAUACAUUGAUAUAUUCUAAGAAUAUCCACAAAGUUAACAAAAAUAAUAAAUAUAUUAAUAGUUAAAACAACAACCACAAAAACAAGAAAAGCGAGUAUAAAAUGUUAAAACACAAAGUGAAAAAGAAGAAGAAGAAGAAGACGAAAAAUACAAACAAAGCAAAAUUGCAAACGAAAAUCCUUUCGCAUGUAAAAAAUCGAAAAAAUUAAAACUAUUGCAAUCACUACAAACGUUUGCACUUAAUCUACAUAUGAUACAUACAUACAUGCAUAUAUAAUAUAAACGAACACUAACUACUACAAUUAUUCCAACUCAAUUUAUUAAGAAGCCAAGAAAAAACAAAGACUAUAAUACAUAAUCCUACACAAUAAAUGCUGCAAAAGUCUAUUUUUUUUCUUCUAGACACUGAAAACUAUUUUUGAAUCACCUUUGUACUGCACUCUACACAAAUGUGCCGUUUUUUGCUACAAACAACAAUAACUCUUCUCAUUUUGCACAAUAAGAAGCACUUAACUCGUUUAUUUGUAAACUAUAAUUUAUGAUUUACUCUGAAACUCCUCUGUUUAAGCGCCGGAGAUUUAUUGUAAUUAUUAAAUAUGAAUUCUUACCGCAAGUUAAACUUACAAGCAUACAUAAAUAUAUAUGCCUAAAUAGUGUACUAUGAUUAUUUCAAAUACCAGUAUGAACAUGCGCAUGCGUACGCAUGUAUUAGGUAAACAAUUUAUAAUUAAAAAAAAAAAACAAAAUAAAAAUAUCAAAUGAAAAUAUUAAAAAUGCAAUGCAGCCCUAAAAUGUUACGUAAAAUCACUUUUGUUUCUAAUGAUCUACAAUUAUUACAAUUUAAUGAUAAAUAAAAUUGUUUGGAAAAAGU